AUGGAGGCCUUUGCGCCUGGCAACUCCUCGACGGCAGCCGCCGUCACAUUCAUUACCUUCUUCCCGGAUGACUGGCUGUACAGCGACCAACUGCGUGGGGAGUGGAGCGCCUACAAUGAGAUAUUGAAGAGAAAGAACGACUCCAUUCAGGAGCAACUCGCCGGCCUGCAACUCAAGAUCGUCGCCGAGGACAAAAUCGUCGAGAACAAGAUCAACGACAUUAUUUCAGAACAUCGCCAUGAACACAAUCAAAUCAAUGUCUUCGAGGGAAAGCUUAAUCGAGUACAGGACGACUACGACCUCCUUUGUCGGGCGAAAGAAGCCCUUGACCUUGAAUUUGUCCGCCACACGCGUCUCGAGCCUGUCUUCGAAGAGUUACGUGACCUCACAAGUGUUUGGACCGCCCUCUCCGGCGUGUGGAGCCAGAUUUCUGAGCUUCGGGAGAUGCUUUGGUCGACCGUCCAGCCAAGAAAAUUGCGACAACAAAUCGACGGGCUGAUUCAGUCAACGGGCAAGAUGCCAACGCGGAUGCGUCAAUAUGCAGCCUUCGAAUAUGUCCGGGACGUAUUGAAGGGGCUCCUCAAGUCUAACUCUGUCGUUUCAGAGCUGCAAUCAGAGGCUAUGAAGGACAGACACUGGAAGUAG